ACAAAUAAAUAAGUACAAUGGCAUACGAGUGUGAGAACUCGUACCACGCGUCGUAGAACCUCCGAACCAUAAUAUACAUUAAAUAAACAUUCUUCUUUAAGGUUUAACACGGACCGCAUCUCUUCUUGUUAGGGACCACUGAACGCGCGCGCGUGGGCGAGCACAAUAGUCGCGACUUUUAAUUUUUUUUCUCUUUUUCUUCCCUCAUUGAAUACGCGAAGUUUUGUUGCCCUUUUGGUCAUCAUCAGUGUGUGUCUGUACGACUAGAGUGUGUUAUUGAAACAGGAGUACGUAAAAAGGUACCUUUUUUUAACUGUAAACAGGUUACGCGACAGAUAGCAUGAACUAAGGCAAAAGUGAAGGGGCCCUAUCAAAGAAUAAUGACUGAAUCUUUAAAGAUAUGGAUUUUACUUAAAAUGUGCUUUUGGACGUGCGUUUAUGGGGCUGUGAUGGCACCGCCAUGGGCCGAUCCAGAAUUGAAUCCUUGUGCCAAAGAACCGCAGGGUUGGCAGAUGUUAUAUUGGCCACUGGAUGGACAAUGUUAUAAAAUAUUUCAGCUGGGGCACCCCUGUCCAGAGGGAAUGGAAUUAACACCAGCUACUGGUAGGAUUGGUAAAGAAUUGUAUGCUGAGUGUAGGUGCCCACCAAAAUAUGCAUUGUCUACCAAAGAAGCUAAAUGUUACCAAUUGUUUAGCAAAGGACCUUGUGAUGUAGGGUUCUACUUUGGUCCCGAUAUGAUUUUUAAAAAUAACGUUACUACAUCUAAACAACAAAUCGGCACCUGCAAACCAAUAUCCAGCUGUCCAAGCUCAAACUCGAUCUACUGGAUUAAAGAUCAGAAAUGUUACCAAAAACUUACCAGAGGACCGUGUUCUAAAGGGCAACUACUCACUGUAGAUAGCGACAAAAUACCAGUUUGCUCAUGCAAUAAACAAAAGGAGCUUAGAAGGUAUCGGGCACUGGAUGGACGAUGUUAUCAACAUUUUACAAAAGGACCAUGCAAGGAACACGGACAUUUAUUUCUACCGGAUCAGACUUGCGGGUGUGAAAAGUUCUUUCCGCACUACCAUACAAACACAAGAAAUUGUUAUGAAUUAGGUACAAUCGGCCCAUGCAGCAAAGGAGAAAUGUUCACAAUUCUUCCAAAAACUAGCAGCGGAGGAUGCGUAUGCCGCCAAGGUAACAUUCGUUAUCAAAACAGCACCAUCUGCUACAGACCGUUCACCAGAGGACCUUGUGCCGAAGGUGAAAUCCUGGUAAACUCAACAUCCUGCAUCCCUCAACCGUGCAAUAGAGGUGAACUCUACUUUCCUUCGGAUGAAAAAUGCUUCAAGAUAGGGUCUAAAGGACCCUGCCGGGAUGGCCAAUUUGUCACCUUUGACUUCGAAACCAGACCGUCCAUAGAUGGGAUUUCUUAUAAUGGAGUGUGCGCGUGUGAAAAAAAGAACUGCGAAACAAAUAUCCCGGAUCUGUGUGAUAGAAGUAAGAGGUUGGUGAGAUAUGAGGAUAAAUGUUAUAAAUUGUACUCCCAGGGGCCGUGUUCUAAAGGGGCUUGGCUGGCACCGUUAAGGGAAGGCAGAGUACUAUUAUCCGAUGAACAUCCGAAAACUGCCAUUUGUGAGUGUAUUCCUGGAAAUAUAAGAAAAACCAGAAUGAUCGGCGGGUCUAGUUUUACGGAGUGUUUACCGCAAUCGAUAUUACUAGCUGAGUUUUUGAAUGCUAAUUUUACAAAAGCGCAAUUGAUUAAAUAAAAUUGUAUGGCAAAAAUGUUUUGUGAUAGUAAAUAGGUACUUUGAAAAAUUGAAAAUUACUGAUAAAGAUUUUUUUCUGUUUAAAAUGUAAAUUUGUAUCCAAAGUCUUUGGGAAGAACUUGUGAUUAAGAUAAAGCCAUAUUUUAUAAUUAGUAUUUAAUAGUGGCGGCUCGUCUAUUAGGUAACCCAUACAAUAAAAAUAAAUUAUUAUUUUUAAGCUUUAUAACUAGAAACUGCAGAAAAAAAACAAUUUAUAUCAGAUGUGAGGUUAAAAUUGCCUCUAAGACCUGAAACAAAAUAAGAAAACAUUUUUAAAAAAAUACCUGGAAGAAUAAAGGCCUGGUAUAAAAUAAAUUUUAUUUUAAAUGCAUGCGAGAGUAUAAAAAUAUUUCAAAAGGCAGAAAGAAAAUCAAAAAUUAUUUUACUUUUAAUUAAAUUGUUUAAACCUGGAAGGUUAAAAAAGAUACUUGAAACGUCUGAAAUAAAAUUAAAUAUGAUUUCAAAUCUCUGCACAUUAUAAAAUGUAGGUAGGUUUCAAAAGCUUGGGAUAAAAUAAUUUCAAUAGUCUCGAAUAUUAUCAAAAAUUCGAGAUCAAAGAGAGAUAUUAAAACCCGUUUAAAAAAGUAAAUAAUAAGAUUGUUAAGAAAUAAACAUUAUUUGAAGAACAUUAUUACCGUGCCUGGAAUAAAAUUGAAAAUUAGUCCAUAAGUUUGAAACAUAUAAGAAUUGGCAUUACAUACCUAAAAUACGUAAAAAUGCUUUAAAUUGUCCGAAAGACAUUAAUUAAUAGUUGGGAUCUAAAGUAAGGUAAUUCUUAUCAUUAAUAUUUUGAUUGAAAAUUUUAAAAUGAUCUAAAUCACACUUGCA